AUGAGGAUUUAUGAGAGGCCUGACUUUGGAGGACAGAUGAUGGAAUUCAUGGAUGACUGUCCAUCUGUCUAUGAUCAUUUCCGUUACCGUGACAUCCACUCCUGCCAUGUGAUGGACGGUUACUGGAUCUUCUAUGAACAUCCCAACUACAGAGGGCGACAGUACUUCAUGAGACUCAGUGAAUACAGGAGAUACAGUGACUGGGGAGGCUACAACGCAACUGUCUCGAUCAAUCUUCAGAUCAAGUUCUGGGGAUUAAUUCCGGCAGUAAGUCAGUUAGCGGACUGCACAGAAAUCACUCAGGGGCUGGUCCAUGCUCAGGACAGGCCUUCCAGAUUGAUGUUUCUUCCCUCACAGAUCAUCUUUUACGAGGACAGGAACUUCCAGGGACGGCACUAUGAGUGCAGCAGUGACUGUGCCGACCUGUCCCCUUACUUCAGUCGCUGUAACUCCAUCCGUGUUGACAGUGACUGGUGGGUGCUGUAUGAGAAACCCAAUUACAUGGGAUACCAGUAUGUUCUGACCAGGGGAGAGUAUCCUGACUACCAGCGCUGGAGGGGAUUCAAUGACUGUGUCAGGUCAUGUCGCUCCUUCCCAUGGUACCGAGGAGGCUCCUACAGAAUGAGGAUUUAUGAGAGGCCUGACUUUGGAGGACAGAUGAUGGAAUUCAUGGAUGACUGUCCAUCUGUCUAUGAUCGUUUCCGUUACCGUGACAUCCACUCCUGCCAUGUGAUGGAUGGUUACUGGACCUUCUAUGAACACCCCAACUACAGAGGGCGACAGUACUUCAUGAGACCCGGUGAAUACAGGAGAUACAGUGACUGGGGAGGCUACAGCUCAACUAUCGGGUCUUUCAGGCGAAUGAGGGAUUUCUAA